AUGUCCAUGGACCCUCUCAUGGCCGCUGCAUCCCACAACUUGACCUGCAGCCGCCUCUGUCAGCUUCCAGAGGAUAUCCUCAUCGGAAUCAUGAAGUUUCUUGGCCCUCUUGACAUGCAGUGCCUGAGGCGGGCAUCUCGACUCUUCCUACGUCUAUACUGCGAUUUUAGCUUCGUAGAGAGUCAUGACGUGGAGAAGUUCUGGCAUUGGAGGUCGGAAUACCAAAAUUGGCUGAGCCCUGAUAGUUCAUAUUGGCCUAAACUAUCCGGUCCUGCACUGCUUUCUCGCCUUGAAAGAGACGUUCAAGCUCUUUGUAAUAUCUGUCGCUCUAUGCGGGCGAAAUCAGACUGGGCCUCUAGGGCUGAGAAACUGAGCACAGAGUCUCUCUACUGCUCGGGCUCCCUCUUCUCCCCAGAAGAGCGACGCAAGAUAGAUGGCCGCAUCUGUAUUGGAAGAGAGGGACAUAUUCGUCUGUGUGAUCAUAAAGUGUUGACUUGGGAGGUGGUAUCGAAGGCGGCAGAACAGCUGACCAAUAUUGAUUGCGAAUUCAAGCCCAAAAUCCAGCUCAGCCGCUGUGACCACACUGACCACCAUCCUGAGCAUCACAAUGAUGCCAUGAAACUUCAAUGCCCCAACGUCUCUCCAUCUGCUGAGAUAUUUGGAACCGGGGGCCACAGCCUUGCGUUGAGCUUGACUUGGCAGGGUCAUAUGCUCGUAGAGGGAGACGCGCCGAUUAAACCUGCAGUGUUGUGCAAACAGCUGGGACAAUUCCGGAAGGGAGUAGCACAAUUUAUCGCUCCCAAGCUGCCCCCGGGACGCUUGCCAGAAAUGGGCUGCUUCGACCCAAACCGUUGCGACUGUCUUGACUUUGAGGGCAUGGAGCAAUUGCCAGACUGGCCUCGACCCAUGCCCGAUGCUCUCAAGAUAGACAGCUGUCGAGCUGACCCAGAGUUUAGUCUCAGAGCACUUCGAAGCCCGGCCGAUGAUUCUGGAAGUCGGACAGAUGGGCACAGGACGGUGGUGGAGUUUAUAGCCAACCAUGAAUAUGGGAAUUCCCAGUUGCAGAUUUUCGUCGACCCUUGUGUGACCGGAGACAAUCGAUGCUUGGUGUUCCGCUAUAGGCGUCUUAUUGAGUUGGGUUAUGCUACGGAUGAGCGGACUGAAUGGCUAGAUCACGUCACGCCAGCUUGGUUCCAGGCUCUGGAGCCUAAGUCUUAUGAACUGACCGACGAUGUUGGAGCUAUUGGUGUUAAUUGGUGCCCUACGCGGGGCUGCAUGAACUACUACGAGUAUAUAAGAAAGUCUGUGGCUUCCGUUAAUGAGGUUGAAUGGCUCUAA